AUGGGCGUCAAGGGCCUAUGGUCGCUGCUCAACCCCGUGGCUAGGCCCGUCCAGAUCGAGAGUCUCGAGGGCAAGCGUCUCGCCAUUGACUCGUCCAUCUGGCUCUACCAGUUCCAAUCGACUAUGCGCGACAAGGAUGGACGUGUCCUCGUCAACGCGCAUGUGCUAGGCUUCUUGAGACGAAUCAACAAACUACUGUUCCACGGCAUCAAGCCGGUAUUCGUCUUUGACGGAGGAGCGCCUGUUCUCAAGCGAAGCACGAUUGCAGAACGCAAGCGCAAAAAGGCCGGCGCAGCGUUGAAUCACUCCAAGAUGGCCGAGAAGCUCCUUGCGGCACAGAUGCGCCGCGAGGCCGUGCGCCUGGCUGAACGUGCAGAAGAAGAGAGAGCUGCAAGGGCAAUCCACCGCAUGGAUUAUGAUGACGAAGAGGAAGGAGAAAGGAUUGCCGACAACGCAGUCUACCUCGACGAGCUGGAGGGGGCAUCCCGUGCUGGGCCAUCACGGCGCGCCGUGACCACCACGGCAAGUGCACCUGGAGCCCUCGAGUCUCCCGAGGCAAAGCGCAAACGGUUUCAGAACAAGGACCGAUACUACCUCCCCGAGACGACCAUUCCUGCCUACACGUCAGAAGACAAGCCCGACGCUCGUCUGGCAACCGAGGCCGAACUGCAGCAAUUCAUCGACGAGGUCAACCCGGAAGACAUUGACAUCGAGUCUCCCGAGUUCCGUGCUCUCCCCACCGAGGUACAGUAUGAGAUCAUCGGUGACCUGCGUCUUCGCUCUAGACAGCAUAGCCACGCUCGCUUGAACAGCAUGCUCCGUGGGGCACCCACCGCGCUCGACUUUUCCAAGGCCCAGAUAAAGCAACUCUCCCAGCGCAACGCCCUCACGCAGCAGCUCCUCACCGUUACGGACAUGGUCGGCAAAGCGCACUUGACUAUCCCGGUCCGCGUAGCCGCUGAACGAAACCGCGAGUACCUGCUCGUCAAGCGGAAUGAGGACGAAGGAGGAGGCUGGGCCCUCGGUAUCCGUGAGGGAACAAAGGACAAGCCCAUUGUUCUAGAACCCGAGAGCCCGGUCAACACCAAGAAGGAGGAGAUUGUGUCGGACGAGUACAGCGAUGAGGAUAGCGACAUGGAAGUUGUCGAGCCUGCUCCGGACGACGACCUCCGUCAACACCGCAGACGAGAGGUUCUGCAAGCCAUCGCUUCUCGGUAUGCCCCUGCCCAGCCAAAACCGUCACUCGACGUCGAGGUCAAGUCUUUUGGCCCCGCUCGCCAACCAGGCGCUGCUCCCCUGUUCGACUCUGCCGAAGAAGAAGUGGACUUUGAAGAGAUUGAGCCUACAGCCAACGACGAGGCCCUUGCUCUCGCGCUGCAGCAAGAAGAGCUCGGUUCAGACGAAGAAGAGGCAGACCCGGACCUCGCCCGUGCCCUAGCACUCAGUCGCCGCGAGGCCGCGACGAACGGUCCCAGCUCGCCAGGCAACGGGAGCGACUCGGACGAGUUUGAGGAAGUGUCGCUUGAACCGUCUGCCAACGCUACACCGGCGGCGAAUACGCCUGCUCCUGACAGUGAUGACGAGGGUAUCGAAAUUACCGGUGGCAAGCCCGCUCCAUUGCUUACGAGCCUCCUGCCUCCUCAAACUCCCAGGAAUGAGCCGGCCAAGCUGGCUGCUCUCCUCCAAGAGAGUGUCAUGAGGCCCAUCACGGCUAGUGUUCGCCCCACGGCGUCGGCCCCAGCGGUGAUCUCGGCGUCGGCCCCCAAGCCGGCUUCCGCGAGGCCGCCAGUGGCAGAGGUCCUGGACGUCGACACGAGUGAAGAUGAGUUUGAGGAGAUAGCACCUGUUCUCCCCCCUGCUCCUGCUCCGCCUCCGCCAGUCCCGCACGUUGCCUCGCCACAGCGCCCACAUGAGCCCGAGACUCAGGAAGCUGUCCCCCAUUCCCCGACCCCAGAGCAAGAUGACGAAGGCGAUGGCUUUGCGCCAGAGGCGACACUGGAAGACGAGCCCUCACGACGCCGUGGCGCCCCGUCUCCGUCGCCUGGAGCUCGAUCGCCUUCGCCGGUCCGUGGAGCACCAUCACCCUCGCCAGUCCGUGGUGCACCAUCGCCUUCUCCUGUCCCCGAGUUGGAGCAAGAGGAUGACGACAUGGAGCCUACACAGCUCAACAUCGAAUCAUUCCAGUCUGAGACUCUUCAGUCCAAUGGGCGGUAUGUCCUUGACUCUGAGGAGGAAGACGACGACGAGCCCAUUGAAUGGUCGCGGUCGCCUACACCCUUGCCGCGGCCCCCGCUCAAUCGCAAGGGCUCGUCUGCCCACUCAAUCGCAUCGGAAGCCGAUCACGAGGACGAUGAUGGCCAGAUGGCGCCAGCGGACAUGGUCGCCGAGGAAGACGACUAUGCUCGUUUCCUCGCCCAGAUCCAGAACCGCGAUCUCAAGGACGUGCGGGCCGAGAUUGACGACGAGAUUCGCGUGCUCAACCAACAAACAAAAGUGGCGAUGCGCGAUUCCGACGAGAUCACGCAGGCGAUGGUGGUCCAGAUCCAGACUUUGCUCCGCCACUUUGGUAUACCGUACAUUACGGCGCCGAUGGAAGCCGAAGCACAGUGUGCCAAGCUCGCCGAGCUCGAUCUCGUCGAUGGCAUCAUCACGGACGACUCGGACGUGUUCCUGUUUGGCGGCACGCAGUGUUUCAAGAACAUCUUCAACGACGCAAAGUUUGCAGAGUGCUUCCUCGCCACGGACGUCGAGCGCGAGUUGAGCCUGACCCGCGAACGUCUCAUCUCGCUUGCCUACCUUUUGGGCUCGGACUAUGACAUCGGUCUCUUGGGUGUGGGCCCGGUGCUCGCCCUGGAGCUGCUCGCCGAAUUUCCGGGAGCCGAUGGGCUGCAUCGCUUCAAGGAAUGGUGGCUCAAGGUGCAGAACGGAACCGACUUGCCCGUCGAGUCGGACACCAAGUGGAAACAAGGCUUCAAGAAGCGGUUUGCGGGCGCGAUUCACCUGUCGGCAGAGUGGCCCAACGCCCACGUCCGCGAAGCAUAUCUGUACCCCACCGCCGAUGAGUCUGACGAGCCAUUCCACUGGGGCUUUCCCCGACUGGCUGCUCUGAGAACAUUCCUGCACGAAGAGCUCUCCUGGUCCAUCUCCAAGGUCGACGACGAGCUCACGCCCAUUGUCCAGCGUAUCGCUAAACGCGGACGGGGCGGCGAGGUCAGACAAACGACCCUCCUGCCAUUCUUUGACAAUGCUGCCGGCUCGGGCGCCAGCUAUGCGCCACGCCGGCGCACCACCGCCAACAUCAGCAAACGCCUCAUGGCCGUUGUCAAGCGGUUCCGCGAGGCUGAGGCGCUUUCGCAGGGCCAGCAACCGCAGGGCUGGAGCGAGAUGCUCGCCGGUGUGGACGAGGCAGACCCCAAGGGUCUCGGCAGCUCAAAGCCUGCAAAGCGCAAGAGCCGAGGUGACGGCGGCAAGGCCACGUCCAAGAAGCGCAAGAGCAAGGAGGUAGUUGACGACGAGGAUGAUGACGAUGACGACGAGGAAGAAGAGGAGGCGAAGGCGGAGGUAGACCGUCCGAAGCGCCAGUCACGACGCCGCACAGCGUCCGCCGCUGCGUCCACGGCGGCCAACUCGGACAAUGAGCUGCUCGAGUCUGACCCGCAGCCCUCUAGCCGUGCACGUCGCACGCGCAAGUAA